AGCCGCUCAGUCAGUCAGUCAGUCAGUCAAUGGGCUCCAAUGGCUGCGUACGUUUAAACCUGACUCCAGUCUUUGGAUUCCAGUUGAGAGCAAAGGGGAACCUGCAGGCAUCUCAAGGGUACCUGGCAAUGCUGCUCUGUGCCAAGCACAAGAUUGAGGCCAUGGACUACAUUUAUGUAUGGAUUUGUGAAGAGCUUGGAGAAAGAGCAACGGGAUGCAGAGACAUUGCUGAACUAUGAGAGAAACGCUGAGGAUUCAUCAUUCAUUUUGGAUCAUACACUGGCAUGGACUUUGUGAGUGAUCUGAUGUGUCAGAUUGCCAAGUCAUUGGAGAUGGACGUUUUCGCUUGAUAAGUUGCUUUGCAACCAUGGACUCAGGCAAUUUUGGCUGAGGAUUUGCCUAAAGAGGAGCAGGAAGAAGAGGAGAUGGAGAUCUCGACUAGAUCGAGAGAUCCUGGUUCUGCAGAACGGACAGGAUUGAAAAGAAAGCAGCUUAGCCCUCAGCCAUCGUCAAACGGACAUUCCCCGCAAGAAUCCUCGUUGAGUCCCAUUAAAAAGAAGAAGAAACCUGGCUUAUUAAGUAAUUCAAGCAAAGAGCAGUUGACACUUAGACGUGGUCCCUUUGCUUCUAUGAAGCAGCCAUUCACCAAAGACCUUCUUCAUGUUGUACCACAGGAUGGUCGAAAUGACUUCUAUUGCUGGGUGUGCCACCGGGAGGGCCAGGUUCUGUGCUGCGAGCUCUGUCCUCGUGUCUACCAUGCAAAGUGUUUAAAACUGAACGCUGAACCGGAAGGGGACUGGUUCUGUCCAGAAUGUGAGAAAAUCACAGUCGCUGAAUGUAUUGAAACUCAGAGUAAAGCCAUGACUAUGCUCACUAUAGAUCAGUUGUCUUACCUGCUGAAAUUUGCACUACAGAAGAUGAAACAACCAGGAACGGAGCCUUUCCAGAAACCAGUCUCAUUAGAACAACAUCCAGAUUAUGCAGAAUACAUAUUUCAUCCUAUGGACAUUUGCACACUGGAAAAGAAUGUCAAGAAGAAAAUGUAUGGUUGCACUGAGGCUUUCCUGGCUGAUGUCAAGUGGAUAUUACAUAACUGCAUCAUAUAUAAUGGAGCGAAUCACAAAUUAACAGCAACAGCAAAGGUGAUCAUUAAAAUCUGCGAGCAUGAAAUGAAUGAGAUUGAGGUUUGUCCGGAAUGCUAUUUAGCAUCUUGCCAGAAGAGAGACAACUGGUUCUGUGAACCCUGUAGUAAUCCACACUUGCUUGUCUGGGCUAAACUUAAAGGCUUUCCAUUCUGGCCUGCAAAAGCACUGAGAGACAAGGAUGGGCAGGUUGAUGCCCGGUUUUUUGGACAGCAUGACAGGGCCUGGGUUCCAAUGAAUAACUGCUACCUCAUGUCUAAGGAAAUCCCGUUUUCUGUGAAAAAGACAAAAAGCAUCUUUAACAGUGCCAUGCAGGAGAUGGAGGUUUACGUGGAGAAUAUCCGCAAAAAGUUUGGAGUGUUCAAUUAUGCACCUUUCAGGACACCGUACACUCCCAACAACCAAUACCAGAUGUUGAACGACCCUCAGAACCCAGCAGCAGGGACUGCGAAACCUGAUAAAUAUGAAAAGAUUAAAUUAAACUUUGACAUGACCGCAUCGCCGAAGAUUGUGCUCAGCAAGCCUUUGCUCAUCAGCGGCCCCAGCCGGAGGAUCUCCCUGGACAUGCCCCGCUCACCGAUGAGCACAAACUCUUCUGUUCACACUGGGUCUGAUGUGGAAGCCGAAACCGCAGACAAGGGCAUGAAAGCGACCUCCAGUCACUUCAGCGCAAGCGAGGAGUCUAUGGAUUUCAUUGAUCGGAACGCAGCUUCUCCCGGAUCUGUGAAGACUAGUCAUGGUGGUAGUAUUUCAGGCAGUCCCAAACCCUUCUCCCCUCAGUCAUCCACUCCCAUCGCUAUCAAAACAGAGAGGACUUUGAAAACCCCUCCAACAGGCAGCAUUCUGAACCUCAACCUGGAUCGCAGCAAAGCAGAGAUGGAUUUGAAAGAGCUGAGUGAAUCCGUGCAGCAGUCAACUCCUGUGGUCAUCACUUCAACAAAAAAGCAUCAGAUUCGGAGCAGCUUCCUGCUUAACCUGGACAAGACAAUAGAGAGCUGUAAAGCACAGCUUGGAAUAAAUGAAAUUUCUGAGGACGUGGAUGCAGGAGUUGAUGAACACAGCGAUUCGGAAGAAUCUGAAAAAUCGGACACUAGCGAUAGCGAUUACAGCGAUGAUGGACAGAAACUGAAUAAUGGUCAAGAGGAGGGAGAGGAGAAAGAAAGCUCCAGGAGUGAAAAAGAUUCAUCCUUUGUGAAAAAGAAGCCAAAACAGGUCAUGGGUCAGAGUGAAGUGAAGCAAGAGGGUAGCCCAUCUUCUGCUGUGGGUAAAAAUGAGAUAGUUGGAAAGGAAAAGGCAAAUGGAGACUCAGAGAAAGAACUCACUGAGAAAAUGCAGGGCCCGAAGGAGAAAAUGGGAAGUAAAGAUGAGACUGAUUCUCCAACAGUGCGCCUGGGGUUGGACUCUGAUUCUGACUCUGAGAAUGAACUGGUUAUAGAUCUGGGAGAUGAUAGCAAAGAGACUGUGCGUGAGGGCAAGAAAGGGGAGAAGAGCAAAAAGGAGCCCACCCCAACACCAAUGGUGAAAGAAGCACCAUCGACACCAAAUCCAGAAAGUAAAGCCUCGCCCACUUCCGCUGCUGCGUCCAGUCAACCAAAAGUCGAGGCCACCUCACUCCCCAGCCUCCAAAGUCAGGUCCCUUCAACCAGCGUCACAACCACAGCCAGUGCCGUCCCCACAUCUACGGUGCCAGCCGUUACUGCCAGCAACAGCCCGGUGAAGAAACAGCGGCCGUUACUGCCGAAGGAAACUGUGCCGGCUGUUCAGCGGGCGGUGGUGUGGAAUCCCUCCAGCAAAUUCCAGACAUCCUCACAAAAGUGGCACAUGCAGAAGGUUCAGAGACAGCAGCAGCAACAACAACAAGCAACACCACCACAGCAGCAACAACAACCACAACAACAGUCCCCAAACACAGGAACCCGCUACCAGACAAGACUGGCUGUGAAAGCUGUGCAGCAGAAAGAGGCCACGCUGGCCACCUCAACGUCUUCCAUUACUCUGGUUACCAGCAGUUCAUCAGCAUCUACAGCAGGGAACAGCUCAGCCAUGGUCAGUGCCUCUUCCAGUUCGACCUACAGCACUGAUCUCCCCAUAGCUACUCCAUCUGCGGAUGUUGCUGCUGACCUGACUAAGUAUACCAAUAAGAUGAUGGAAGCAAUAAAGGGAACAAUGACUGAAAUCUACAAUGAUCUCUCCAGAAACAGUUCUGGAAACACGAUAGCGGAGAUUCGGCGAAUGAAAAUUGAAAUUGACAAAUUGCAAUGGUUACACCAACAGGAGCUUGCUGAGAUGAAACAUAACCUAGAGUUAACCAUGGCAGAGAUGCGCCAGAGUCUCGAGCAAGAUAAGGAUCGCGUGAUUGCUGAGAUGAAGAAACAAAUGGAAGCGGAGAGGCAGCAGGCAGUUGACGAAACCAAGAAGAAGCAGUGGUGUGCCAACUGCAGGAAGGAAGCCAUCUUCUACUGCUGCUGGAACACCAGCUAUUGUGAUUACCCCUGUCAGCAGGCACACUGGCCAGAGCACAUGAAGUCCUGCACUCAGUCAGCCACUGCUACUCAGCAAGAGCCUGAAUCAGAAGUGAAUUCCGAGGCAUCAAACAAAAAUGUUGGGCAAACACCUAGUGUCCAACAGUCCCCGUCAGAGGCCAAAGCCAGCCAAAAUGACAAGGACCCCAGCACAGAUAAAAGCAAGGAAAAUACCACAAUAGCAGCAAGUGUGUCCAGCAACCAACCAGUCAAACUAGUCCAGGUUCAGCCACAAACAGCCACCUAUGUCCCAACAACUCAACCCACAAUCACCAUUCCAGGUGUGGUGGGCACGACAGCCGGGACAGUAGCCAUGAGGCCAGGAGUCCAGUACACGCAGACCACAAUGCCUGUUCAAGUCCACAGGACCUGAAGCCCCCUUACCCCAUUCUCUAGAAGGACGAUCAGGAAGAGACUGCAUUACGGAAAGACUUUGCAUGGGAAUCCACUAAUGCUGUUCUGUCCUACGCGGAUUAUCUGCUUUGUACAUGAUGUACAGAGCUUUAGUGACACUACAUUCUUGGCUAGCAUUAAAAAACACAAAAGAAGAGAGAAAAAAAACCUUCAAGCUAAACUCCAGAAUAUCUUGUAAACCUUUCAUCUUUCUAGAUCUCGUCAGCCCUAGAGCUUCAUUCCCCCCCCCCACCCCCCCAUUGUGUUUUCCUUUAAUGUAAUUCAAUGGAAGAUUCAAGUGUAGUCUCUGAAAACUGUGACAAGAUUGGGGACAUUUUCAGCAACGAUAAAUACACCUUUAAUAGUUGGACCAGAGCAUAUAAUAUUUAUAUGUACAAGUCUGUACAAGUCUGUGGAACUCAAAUGACCUUAAAAAGCAUGAGAUGGGGUGGAGAAGGAACGUCUAAUGAAGGAGUGCGAAGUGGGGCAAUCCAUCUUGCUGCUCAUUCCCCUUCCCCACACACUGUAUUAGCAUUUGUUUGCUUUUGGUGUAUCAAUGGCAUUUGAACACAAGGGAGAGUGUGUGUGUGUGUGUGUGUGUGUGUGUAUGAGAUUGUCCUAUCUGUGUUCAGAAUGAUCCCAGUGCUUUCCUGAUGUAUAUUUUUGUUUAUUUUAUUUUUCAUCCUGGUUUAUAUAAUAAGCAGUUUGUACAGUUUUCAGCCAGACCCGAUGAGUAAAUGUGUUAUUAAAAAAAACUUUAAAAAAAAGACACUAGUAAAUUACCAUUGAUCUUCAAGGACAUAAUUUGGUAGCCUAACUUGUGAAACAGGAUUGCUUUUAGCAUAUGGAGAUAUUUUUUCACAUCUCUUUGUAUAAAAUU